AUGUUGUUUUUAUCUAGUCAAGUUGUUGGCCCGCGCCACCCUUUUGUAAAGGACCCAUACAUAGACUAUGAGAUAGAUAGCGAUGAGGAUUGGGAAGAGGAUGAACCUGGUGAAAGCCUAUCAGAUUCUGAAAAGGAUGACGAAGAUGAAAGUGCGGAGGGACAUCUAAAGGAUGAUGAAGAAGAGGAAAGUGAAGAUGGAUUCUUUGUUCCUGAUGGAUAUCUCUCGGAGAAUGAGGGAGUGAAGGCCGAUGAAGUAGAAUCUGAUGAUUUGGUUGAGGAAGUAAGAAAUCUGCCUAAUUCUGAACAGCAAGUGCAGAGUGAAGAAUUCUGCACCUUGCUCCGGCAGCAGAAAUAUCUGAAGAAUUUGACAGAGCAUGCGCUUAAAAAGAACCAGCCAUUGAUAAUAUUGAAUCUUAUGCAUGAAAAGACCGCAUCGUUAUCAGCUGAAGAGCUCACUGGUACAGAGAGGCUUGAGAGAAUGUGCUUGCAAACACUUUCUAUGCGUCCUUUGCCUGGUUUCCCAGAUAUAGAAAUAUCAACUCAUAAUGAUGUGGUGGAUGAGGAUCAAGAAGCUUUCUCUGCCAAAUUAAGUACAAAACUGCCUGCAACUGCUGCAGCUUUAGUAGACUCGGACUUGCCUCAGAUUAUAUCUGUCAUUCAGUCAUGCCCACACAGUAUUGGAAAGAUAACAAAGUCACUACAUAAUAAGUUUCCAGAUGUGCCAAAAUCCCAAAUAAGGAAUAAAGUGCGGGAAAUAUCUGAUUUCUCUGAUAACCGUUGGCAGGUUAAGAAAGAAGUUCUGAGCAAGCAUGGCCUUGCUAUAUCGCCAGAAACGACUUGUGGGAAGACAAAAAGCAUUGCUACAUUCUUGAAAAGAUGCUUGCCUCCAUUGGGAACGACUUUGAACUUUAGUGAAUCAUCCCCACAAUCUUGUGAGAAACAUGCAGCCGCUCUUGAACCACCCCAUGAUGUCUCAUUUGAACAUUGAUGAGCAUCGUGGGUUCUUUUCCGUAUCUCAUAUGUAACUAGUUCAAUCAUGUAAGUGUUGCUAGCAUUGCAAGUUUCGGCAAUGUCUCUUAACAGUAUGUUGUCCAUUUAAAUGAUAAGAAUGUUUUGCUAGUACCUCAAAACCAAGACGAUGGUACAGGAAAUGGGUUUCGACAGUUGUUGCAAAACUACAGUUGUGAGUCUUAAUGUUGGUAAUGAGCAUUGAUGUGUUAAGAGGUAGAGGCUAUGGGUGGCAUUAGAUUUGAUAGUAUAUGAUAUAAGU